AUGCUUCAUUCAAGCUUGGUAGACAGCCCUCUACUCAAGGUUUCCAGACCGGUCUCUGCUUGCUCAAGAUGUCGUUCUGCCAAAGUCAAGUGCGACAACAAACUUCCAGCUUGCACAGCUUGCGAGAGAGCCGGGCGGGAGAAAGAUUGUACCGCAGCCAAUGACCAAUUUGCUCGCGGCAAGGAAAGGAGCUAUGUCGCCGCCUUGGAGCUUAGGAUAGAGAAGCUCGAGAGGAGACUCACAUACGCGCGCUCAACCAAAGCAUCCGUAGCUUUACACGGUCCCGAGGACCAUCAAACUGCCGACCCAGGUCGGAAAGAUUCCCUUGCCUUCAUCCGAGCAGCCAUCCAUCGAAAAGCGGCUCGGACCCAAGAGAAUGCCGAUAUCAACACGCUGGUGUCCGACUUUGGCUAUCUCGCCGUUAAUACAACCACCCGUGACUUUGAGCCGUCCGAGUCGAACAUGACGUUCGCACGCCUGGUUUUAGCAGCGUCUACCAAUGAGCCGGUUCCAGAGCCAGAAUCCGGUAACCUCCCACCAGAAGCGACGGCGAGAAGCCUGGUCGAAUUUUAUGAGACCAGCGUCUUGCCACUUUACCCAGCAUUCCCCGGCACCACUCUGCACGCGUUAGUCAGUGACCUCUACCAGGAACGGCCGCGUCAAAUUCGGAGUUCUGAGUACUGGUUGUUCUGGAUGGUUCUCGCGAUCUCGUCUGUGGGACAAAGCCGCAACCGCCAAGAUGAACACUACCAGAACGGCGUUGAGUUUGUCGCUCGUGCUUUGCCACAUGCCGACCGAGCGCUAAGACCAGGUUAUGGGACACAGGUCCAGUCUUUGCUGCUGCUAACGCAGUACUCGAUGCUGGACCCGGCCCAUUUCGAUAGCUGGCACCCAAUCGGGUUUGCGUGCCGUGCUGUGGUUGACCAAGGGUUGCAUCAAGAUCCACCAAACAGCCAGCAGAUUAGUCCCGAUGCACUGGACGAGCGCCGGCGGAUUUUCUACUGCGUAUACGCCCUCGAUAGGGCAAUAAGCAUGACCCAUGCUCGCGCAUUCUCUUUCUACGACGCCGCUGCUUCUGUGGCGCUCCCAUCACCAGCACCUGCGAGUGGCGCCGUUGCGGCCGGUGCAAUGACCAAACCGUCCCAGGACGCCUCUGUCCCCCUCUUCAGGCUCCGUCAGCUGCAAUCAGAUUGGUACCAAGCGCUCUAUCAGGGCAACCCAGCGGAGCCCCUACCGGAUGCCACCUCGUUCAUUUGGCAAAAGUACUUUGAAAUGUGGGAGUGGUCAGAAAGACUACCCCCCGACCUCCCGUCGACCAUUCGUGAGCUGCUCGAUCUGGAGUUGCGUUACAGCUAUGUGUACUGCAUCGCUUCCAGCGCUAGGGGUGCUCAAGUCCCAGCUUAUGGGAGGCUGUUGAUCUUUGAUCAUGUCAUCUCGUACAUUGACCGCAUUUAUGAGAUUGCCAGUUCAUCCGCCAACUCGGCGUUUUACACCUACCACGAUGCUCUUCGAGUCUUUUUCAUGGGAUCGCAGUUUGUCGCAGUGCUUCGCGACAUUGGCGAUAUCCUUCUGUCAGGUUCAAAUAUCCCAGUCCCCCCGCAAACCCCUGGAAAGGUUUCUGCGCCUCCGAGGCCGGUCAGACUAGACAGAUCCUCGGGCGACAACUUGGAUCGCAGCCUGCGCUGUUUGGAGAGGGUCAAACUUACACUCGGACUGUAUGGGAACCGGUGGGAUCACGCACUAGCAUUGAGGAACAGCUUUGAGAUGAUCUCCUCUGAGGUGUGGACGAAUUUGUCGACCAGACGGAGCAUGAGAGACGGAGCCGUGGGUGCCCGGUGGUAG